AAGAGCCAAUCAAGCUCGAUCGUUUACCGGCGGCACUGCAGCUGUCGCGUGCAGCAGUAUUGGGGACGUGGCCAGCUCGUGCACUUCACCGGUCCCUCAAACCAUUGGAUGGCCGUGAUGAUGGACUUCUUCAAGAGCCAAUAGCAAUGCGAGGGUUGCGAGGGGGCGGGUUGAUCCCGCCUGUUUGACCAGAUACUGAAAAGUACGUUAUUAGGGAGGAGCUUAUAACGGAGAUGGGGCGGGGGCGCCGUAAGGACAGUUCUGGGGAUGGGAUUAAAAGGGAGUUUUAUGAUUUACGGAGCCAGGAAUCCUCUGAGGAGAAGCCCAGAACCAGUGAAGCUUCAGGGGAAACCAAUGACCAACUACCCAGUCCUGGUGGGGGGAGCCACACAAAGAAGAUCUGUGCUGUAAAGAGGGUCCCAGGAGCCCAAAGACAGACAGGAGUUUUUACUAACACAUACAGAGGAUCAGGCAAGAGGUCUGCACAACAUGUUCACAAAAAUAGAGAAAAAGGCAAUAAAGACCUGAAAGCAAAAGAGGAUAAGCAAACCCAAAGCAAAAACGUUUUCUUUCCUACUAUAAAGACAGAAGACAAGGAACCGAACUGUACUGAAGGCGUACAGGCGGAGGAGUCUAAUGACCUACAAAAUAAGGGGGAGAUCUCUCAAGACCCCGAUCUUACCAUUCCCCCUCCAGAAGACUUGAAGCUUCCUGAGAUGUUCAGUGCUUCUUCCACAGAGACACCUAUUGCUCUUCAGCACUUUACAACUUCUGGAGGGACACCGGCUCAGAUAGAGAAGGAACUAACUCACCUUCAGUAUUUUCCAUCUUUUGGAGGGACAACAGCUCAGAUACAGCAGGAACUAACUCACCUUCAGUAUUUUCCAUCUUCUGGAGGGACACCGGCUCCGAUACAGCAGGAACUAACUCACCUUCAGUAUUUUCCAUCUUCUGGAGGGACACCGGCUCAUAUACAGCAAGAACUAACUCACCUUCAGUAUUUUCCAUCUUCUGGAGGGACACCGGCUCAGAUACAGCAGGAACUAACUCACCUUCAGUAUUUUCCAUCUUCUGGAGGGACACCGGCUCAGAUACAGCAGGAACUAACUCACCUUCAGUAUUUUCCAUCUUCUGUGGGGACAUCGGCUCAGAUACACAAGGAACCAACUUCCCUUCAGUACUUUCCAUCUUCCGAGAGGACACCAGAUCCAAUAAAGCAGGAACCAUUGGUGAAGCUCAAUACAGAAAAUGUACCCUUCACACUACCUCCUUCAGGAAGACCCUACCAACAAUUUGAUGUUAACAGAAGUGGCCACGUAAAACGUCCAAUGAACGCUUUCAUGAUAUGGGCAAGAAUUCACCGUCCAGCACUGGCCAGAGCCAACCCUACCGCCAGUAAUGCCAGCAUCAGUAUCCACUUAGGUUGGGAAUGGAGCAAAUUAACUGAAAAACAGAAGAAUCCAUAUUACCUUGAAGCCUGGAAACUGAAAGUGAAACACAGUCAGAUGUUCCCAGAUUGGACAUACAUGCCAAGGCUAGGAAAAGAUAAGAAACCUCCACCUAAUGUCAAUAAUAAAUCUUCUGCGGUCCUUUUAAGACCACCAACUUCCACCUUCAUGAUGCCUCCAUGCACUCAGACUACAGGUGAAGCUAUAACAUUGCCAACUAAUGCCGUCCACAGCGUGUCCACUCCACUAAUGAACCCCCGCACUGUGGCUGCCUCGAUAACACCGCCACCUCCAAGCCCUCCUGUGUACACAAAUUACUUAGGAUUUCCUGCAGUUUGGUUUUAAGGAACCUUUGUUCUGGCCUAGACCACAUUUUUUUCCUCCCACCUAGGUAAGCAGGACUGUACUGUAGAGAUCACGUCAUCUAGAUGCUGAACAUACCAAAAAAUAAAAAUAAAAUAAAAA